CGGAAAUCGAAGCUAACGAAUGCAUUUUCAGAAAAUCAAGGUGUUUAGCGUGCAUUUUAUAUAACAUAAUCGGCCGUCCUUCACGCUCAGAAUGGCGUCUUUUGACGGUACUCAAAACGAGGCGUAUUACAUACGCCUUCACUUGCUUCUUAUGGAAGCGCAGAAGGUUCUCCGAGCAAAGUUCGACUCUAUUAUCAUACCUGCUGAUUUAAAAAUUUCACUCAUGAUAGCAAAGAGAAGACUAGAUAAGCUACAUAAAAAACAUAUGAUAUCCGAUGAACAAUAUAAAUUGCUAAACCCGAAUCCACAAUCAGAACGUUUUGAUACGACAUAGUUGAUAUGUCUUCUCCAAAACGUCUGCUAUCAUAAUAUCCAAAGCAAGGUUUGGGCUGAAAAAGAUAACAGUAAAAUAACAGGCAACUCCGACCAGGAGAACAUUCAGCGAAUCAGGAACUUGAGAAACAAAAUGCAGCACAAAGCGGUUGCUAGCUUAGAACAGCAGGAAUUUCAAAACGACUGGGAUAUCCUAGAGAGGGCUAUGGUCGAACUCGCAACCAGCUGCGGUAUGAACGAUAUACAGAACACUAUUAGUGACAUUAAGACAAAAACGUUGGAAAUUGUAACACCUGAAAUGAAAAGCCUUCGGGCUAUCACGAUAGAGGACCUUAAAGAAUACCAACGUGAUCAACAAUAUUACGUCAAAACUAAGUUCUGGCACCUAGCAGACAAUAUGUUAAAUGACAGACAUCUGACAAUAUUAACUGGACAUCCAGGGGAAGGGAAGACAACGAUGGCGGCGGACCUAGCAUUGAACAGGUCAAAACCUGAUAAUUGCUUGAAAUUGGCUAACGCCCACGAUUGGCGAAAAGUUGACUGGUCGCUGAAGCUGUUCAACACUGUAAUAAUAGAUGAUAUAUUCGGUGCUGGUGCGUUAGACAACAGUUAUGUUUCAGCUUGGAAAGCGUAUCUGCCGGAAAUAGAGCGAGCUGCUCGGCAGAAACGAUUGAAUAUAAUUAUAACGUCUCGACAUUAUAUUAUGGAAGAGGCCCUUGAUGCACUAAAUAACACUUCAAUAUUCAAGUCAAAAGAGGGGAAUAUCGUACAUGUUGCCUCAAAUGAUUUAUCACACGAAGAGAAAAGGGAAAUUUUAAUUUCGCGUUUGAAACAAACCAAUGCAAAAAAUUUGAUAAUGCUUAACAAUAUUGAUAUUGAUGAGUGCGUAUUACAAUCGAUGGGAAAGAUUAAUUUGGACGCUGUCAAAACUGAAAAUUAUGUUUUUGGCUUCCCUCAGUGUGCUAAUUUGUUUGUUCAUGAUGAAAACAUUAUGAAAUUAGGAGCACAAUUUUUUGAAAAACCAGAAGCCCAUUUCAAAACAUGUAUUGAACAGCUGUACAAUACGAACGACGAAGACAUGUUCCAAAAGUUUUUAGCUCUUGUCAUUGUUUGGGCAGAUCAGAAAGGAAAAAUAAAAUCAGAUGACGUACGAAAUCCUGCGAAUGCUUCAGAGCACAUACGAUGUGUAGCAAACAUAUUUGGUAUUGAUGUCAACCACAAAUUCAUGGAGAACAUACGUUCAUCUUUAAGAAGUCACGAGAGAGACUUUCUAAUAUAUAUAUAGACCACUCCGGAGAAUACAAAUUUAGGCAUACUGUCAUAAGAGACAUGGUUGGCGUUGUUCUGGGACAGCCUAAUCACAAAAUGUAUGAAACCAUUGAAUUGUGCCCACGAGAUUUUCUUAUGAGUAGAAUCCGUCUAGACAUAGAAGAAACGGAUGAAAUAUGUGUAGCUGUCGGUAAAGACAAAUAUCUCCAUUUGUGUAAAAAGGUAACAUCACUGAUCUUACGUAAAAACUGCAAUUCAAAUGAUACAAUUGAUGCAACUACAUCGGAAAUUUCACAAGAAAUUAUUGAACAAAUAGGCCAACGUUACGCAUUAAUACCGAUCCAUAACCUGGAUUUUGGAAUUCUUAAGCACCCAAUUUUUUUGAAUGAGCAAUUUGUCAAAAUAUUUAUACAAUUUGUAAAAAGAGAUAACCUAGAGCAAGAAAUGGUUCGAGCGCCUGUUAUGAAAAUGAUAGAGCACUUCUUAGAUUACGGCAUUCGAAUGAAUGAGAUGACAAUGUGUAUCCCUGGAUAUGCGUUGUAUAGUAAAAUCAAUGUCCUGGCUAGAGAAUUGGUUGAAAACAACUUCUUUUACAGCGAAGACACUGACUUCUUGUUACUUGCAGCGCAUUCAGGCGAUCUCGAAACUGUAGAAUUGCUUUUAUCAAUGGGUGCUAAAGUAACGGGUGAUACGAUUCAUGUAGCAAUGCACAGGCCAGAUUUGUCUUGUUUAAAAGCAAUACUUCAACAUGCAGGCUUUGAUAUAAAUGACAAAGGGCAUGCUAUCAAUGGCAAUUAUCCUAUUAUUGUAGCCAGCCAAAAAGGACUCUUUGAUGCUGUGAAAUGUUUGUUGGAAUAUGGAGCUGACCCAUCAGUUCAAAAUGACAAACAGUUGACUGCCUUGCACAAGGCAGUCAUUUAUGAACAAUCUGAGAUUGUAAAAGAACUACUGACACAUAAUGCUCCUCUUGAAAUAAAAGAUUGCAAGUUCAAGAGGACUCCGUUGCAUAUAGCUGCAGAUAUAGGUACCGUGGCGUUAGUGGCUAUACUUCUUGCAAAAGGUGCGAACGUCAAAGAUUACCGAGGACAUUAUCCAAUAUUCUUAGCUGCAAUUAGAGGCCACACACCAACGGUAGAAGAAUUACUCAAGCAUGAUAGAAAACAAGAUCAAUUGAGAAUCAAGUCUUACGGUAAAAAAUCAUUCAUUAAAGGGAUGUCGUUAUUUCAUGUUGCAGUGUGGAAAAAAGACAAAUAUUUGAUGGAGAUGCUUAUCCGCGAAAGAGCUGAUCCAAACCUAAGGGAUUUCUUUGGCCGAACUGCGUUAUUCUUUGCCAUUAUGAAAGGAUUUGAUCAAAUGAUCAAUAUGUUAUUGCCUUAUGCGGAUAAAUCAAUUCCUCAAAAACAAGGUUAUACACCUUUACACGCUGCUGUCUUCAAAAGAAAUACCAUAAUAUCAGACAUUUGGGCAGCCUCCGUGGAUGUGAACACUAGAGAUAAAUAUGGCCGAACACCUUUGCACGUUGCAUGUGAAAAGGGUGAAGUGAUCAUUGCAAAACUUCUGCUGAUUAAAUACAAAGCGGACCACAGGCUUAUUACGAAACGAGGCGACACGGUGUGCCACAUACUCCGAAGGAAGAAAUUAAACAAAUCACGAACACGUAUUGCUCACCACAAACGUAGAGCGAUCGAAUUUUUAAUUAGGAUGGUGGAUCCUACAUAUUUUGAAUGUUUUCGCAAACAAACAAACGAUGCAGGUAUAAGCAUAGAUGAACCAAUACACUUGACACUUAAAGAUGCUAAAAUGUUGGUAAAAGCCUUUAAGUUCAUAAAAAAUGCUGAACAUGUGGAUGAGAAUACUGCUAAAAACGAUGGCAAUUAUGGUGGUGUUGAAUAUGCCGAUAUUAUUUUUUCUAUUGUUAAUGCAGUUGUCAAAUCUGAUGGUUCUGCUGCUAUCGCCACAGCUUACUAUGGUGAUGAUGGCUACUGCUUCAGCCGAUGACGAUGCUAAUGGUAUGAAUUCAAACAAUUUAAGGAAAUUAAAGUCACCAAAGUCCACACAGUUGGAGUAGUAAUUAUAGAGGCUGUGAAUAUUAUUGUUAUAAUAUCAACGGCAUUUACUCACAUUUACUAAGAUGCUAUAUAUAUGAAAAAAAUGUAUUUGAUGUUUUGCGUUUCCUCAUAAUCAAUACAAUGAAUACAGAUUGCGUAUUGUGCGAGAACAUUGACUUGAUAUUAGAAUGUAUGCAUGAUCAUUCAUGAGCUAAAUACAAAGCCGUAAUCAUUUUUUGUUGUCAAAUCGCACAUUUUCGUAGCUGUUUUUUGUGAAGUGUAUGUGUAGGUGUAAAUGAAGGUAUACUUUUCUUUUAGCAGGGCAGAUCAUGUAGUCGUAUUAUGCGCUUUCAUCGAUACAAAUUCACAUACAUUUCAAUCGUGAGGUUGAGCAUUUUGAAAUGUACUUCCUCUUAAAAAAGAAUUAAUGCGACUAUAUCACGUAGACAAUGAAUUUUUUCCAACUCAGUUGUUUGUGCAAUGCUCUGGGUGAGCCUAUCAGAACGCAUAUUGUCUGUCAUGCGUCGUGCAUACAAUUUUUAUUCUCGUCUUCUAAACCGCUCUGUUUAAUUUAAGGAAGCUUUAUAUACGAAAGAUCCUUUGUAUACCCCAUUUAAAGUUUUUGUUUUUAUAUCUUUCCGUCCCACUCCAUAUGAAGUUCACCAUAGCUUAAAAAAGUUUGACAAUUUAAAAAUAAAAAUCUUCCAAACCGCAAGGACAGGAUGCUUUAAUAUUUGUGUAACAUAGUCAAGUGUCUUACAAAUGAUUGUUCAUAUCAUUCCCGUUCGAGCAUGACUUUUCAUGCCCCUUGAUUUAUAGAGACUUAGGAACUAAAUGACUUAAACAAAUCCUCUGGGUCCGCAGGAGUGAGGUGUUUGAUUUGCAGCAUGCUGUCUUCAAUGUUUCAUCGUGGAUAUGUUAAUUGAAAUGGUUUAUUGUCAUAAUAAUUAAUCGGAAACCUUAAGGUCAGUGAAAUAAUUUUACAUUAUAUUUUCGCAAAUUUGCGUAAACCACAUGUACAUAAGUGUUUAUUAUGGAUCUUGUUUGUGCGUAGACAGGAUUUUGUUCUCGUUAUAUCAUGUUUAGUAGCAAAUAAAUGUUCUUACUGUG